CAUUAGUUAAGAAUUUCUAAUUCUUCAUCUACACAUUUAAGCUUGUAACAAACGCAUUUUCUGCUUCUUCACUGCUUUCAUCUUCACGCUUGGCAUGUCAUGUCGGAAUAUUACAGAUACCGUAUGGUAGAAACAAGUAUUCCUUAUAGCCAUGAAACCUUUAGGAUCUCUUUCAGGUUGUAAAUUGAUGAGAGCUGCCCGUACUGGUAGACCCAUAGAACCAAGUUACUACCGUACUCGUAGCCAUGCUGGAUUUCCAAAUGGCUCUUAUGCUGUCCCUAACCCCAAACAUUUUCAUGUACCUCCCCAAACUCAAAUAGCUAAGAUGCGGCCUUUACUUUUUCCCACCACACCUCACGCUAGUUCAUCAAGCUAUAGCUAUAACAAGGAUCGUACCACUCAACCCACUCUUACUUUAAACUUGGGAAAUUGCCCCCCAGUUGCCGUCAACAUCCCCGUUGAUGCACUUAGAGCGUUUAUUUAUCCUUUCGCGACUGCUUUAAAUUUCUGUAGCGGAUCACGAUUUAACAACCAAGGGUGUCAGACUACUUAUAUGAGCAACUUUGAACGUAAACCACCUGCAGAAUCCGAUUUCCGUAAGGUGGAUUACACUCCUUUGUACACAGAUACUUAUCAAACCUGUCAUUUACAACCUGAAACCAAACGUCGUUCUCAGACUUUUGAGAGGCAGAUUUUAGAAGAUAUGCAACAAAAUCUGUUAGAUUUCAAUGAAAGUUUCUCUGAAUCUGAAAGCCAUCGUACAGAUGUAACGGAUAAGUCAAAUGACACUUUAGAUAAAAUUAAGGAGUUUAGUGAGCAGGAUGAAGUGCAGAGUAAUGAAAGUUUAGUAGAACUUACUCAAGAUAUUUCGGCGAUGUUUCCCAGCUCUUCUACGAGCUCUGAAAGUCUCAAAAACCAAACAUUUGAAAGGUUGUCUUGUAAUAAAAGGAACAACGAUUCUGAUAAUAUUGGAGAUGUUGUUAAAGUUGCUGAAAAUUUUGUUGACAAACUUAUGGACAUGUCUAUUACUUCUGCAAACUAUUUCCUAUUUGAGAAAGUUGUCAACGAGGCUAAAACUAUGUUACACCAAGAACCCGAAGGAGAGCUGCCAAAUUUAGUUAAUACAAUUAGUCAAGAUGAAGGCAUAGAAGAUUGCACACUAACAAAUGAUUCAAAUAAUUCUACAUUAAAAUGUUCCUCACCCGUCGACAGUUGUGUUAAGAAAAUUGGAAGUAUUAUUUUUGAUUAUUUAGUACAGCAGUGCUUUGAGGUGAAAGAAUUAAUUUUAUUUCCGGAGGUUCUGCAUGACCUUAACAUAAACAAACUUUUAAUGACCUUAAAGGAAGCUUAUGAACAGUGCUAUGGGAAUUGCUUAAACGACAUCGAGAAAAAUGAGUUACGAAUUUCUCUUGCAUCGUAUGUUCUGAAAUUGUUAGAAAUUGAUGAUAGGCUGAAAGAUUCAUCUCAAGAUUCUAGUUCGAGCAUUGUUACUGACAAAAUAUUUACCAUAUCAGAAUUUUUGUCUGAUAUUUUGGACCACUUCUUUAACUCCCUUGAUACCAAAAUUGAGCCCUUCUUAGAUUUUGAAAAACAAAUGACCGGCGAUAAUGGAGAAGUGUUUCAUUCAACACCGGAAUCUAAAAAAAGAAAGAAUGAUGAAAUCUCCAAUGAAGAAAAAGGUGACGGUGAUUGUCCUGAUGUAACUUCAUUUAAGAAAACUGAAAAAUCCGGGUCAGAAAUCUAUUGGAUUACAUUAUACACUUCUCCUGUCCGUGAAGAACAAAAAGUCCAUAAAAAUAAGACUGUUGUAAACGUUGAUGACAUUCCAUUAAAACCACCUGAGUGUCACAAUGAAUUAAAUUAUUCAAAAAGAAUCCUAUCUCCUAUUCUAGAAGAACCUCGUGUUAAUCUUUUCAACAGUAAUUUGCAUGAAGAUGAAUGUGAAAUUUUUUCAGAUUCGUUCCAUCAGACAUAUGAGAUUCUAGAAAAAUCCAAUGAUAGUGAUAAUAUAGAAAAUGACGACACAAGUACUUAUGUUUCAUUUGCCACACCCGAUUCGAAUUUAAUUAUUAGCAAUGAAGUUAACUUUUGUCGCAUUCAAACUUUAACUGCAGAUCCUUAUGUCCAAGUUAAGGAAGCAGGAUUUAAACAAAAAUAUUCAGACUCCGAUAACAAAGAAAAUGAAAAGCCAUACGAUGACGUUGAAGGCAACUGGAUGGGUUUCGAAGGGGCUAAGUUUUAACUUUGUUUAGUAUAUUUCCUUUUUUUAUGUGUGUACAUUCUGUGCAAUUCAUUUAAAUAUAUUAUUAUCAAAAAAACCUUGGUUAUUAUUCAAAAUUCAUCUUUACACAAAAAAUAACUUCCUAUACUAACUGGUUUUGGAAAUUUAGGAUACAGGUAACCCCCUAAACGUAAAUUAAUUUUUGUUGCAUUUUUGUUUGUCUUAUUAAUGCAUGCAUGAUGUAAAUAUCUGCAAUAAUAUACUACUGGGAAAUAGAUUUUAUU